AUGGCGGCCGCCGCCGGCGGAGGGGGAGGAGGUAAUGGCACGGGGAGCAACGGCGCGAGCGCCGGCGGCCGUCAUUCGUCCAGCUCGGGGAUUCGUCGCAUGUCGCUGUCGCUUGAUGACCUCCCCGAACUCGACGCAACCGCACUGCCGCACCUGCUCCGCGCGCACGUUCCGCGCAGUCAGAGCAUGUGCGAUCGGCGCGAGGGUUCUUCGGCGGCGCCAGCCGCGGACGGCAGGGGCGGGAGCGGGGGCGGGGGCGGAGGCGUGUGGAACCGCAUUCGCCGUCGACGCGCGUCGUUCUCGGUGGGCAGCCCGUCCGGCGAAUUGGGGACGGAGAGGCCCCAUCGCGCGCCGUGGUCCGCGGUGGCGGAGGAGGAGGAAGAAGAGGAAGGCGCCGCGCCAGCGCCAGUAGCAGCCGCGGGUGACGACAAGGGCUGGUUGCGCGAUCUUGUGGGCGCGGGGAGGAACUGGCGGGGCAUCCGCAUCGGCGGGGGCAAGGACCGGCAAAUCCCCGCCGCGCUGGCGGAAAACGGCAGCGAGCGAGGCUGGUUGCGCGGAAAGAUGGGUUCCGCGAAGGGGCGACGCGCGUCGCUGUCCCUGGGAAACCUGCGGGAGAUGCGGGAAAAUCAAGAGGGAGGAGAGGGCAACAGGGGUGACUCGUCCCGCGUCGAUGACGUAAAGCCAGAAACGGGGGGUGAGUGGAGGGAGAUAAGUAGCAGCUUCAAUCAGAGAGAUCCGUGGAAAGCGGAUCUCACACACAAGUUAAAGAUACCAGCGUCCUUAACUCACGUUUCUCUCUCCCCGCACGUGUGGAGCGCGGAGGGGGAGCAGACAGACGACGGCGCCUGCACCACCCCCGGUAGCAUCGCUUCGCAAGCGCGGCGCCCUGUCACUCCGCGCACGCCUCUCGCUCCCGCGGACCUUGCGCAGCACGCGGGGGUUCCGGCGGACGGGCUGACGGCGGAGCGGAACGGCGCAGAUCCGCGGGGUUGGCGAGGCGGAAAUGUUGGAAAUGGGCAAGCCCCGGGGGUCGGGCGCGGACGCGCUGCGUUCCCUAGGAACGCGAGCGUGGAUAGCGGGCGACCCAUGGACGAGGGGGCAUGGGAGGGCUUGGCGCACGCGUGUCUCUUUCCAGGAGGCAGCCGAGUCGCGCAUUGGCCCGAAGAAACGAGCUUGGAGACGGACGGGAUGACGGGUGGCAGUAGGCAGAUAGGGCUACCAGGGACAGAGCAGGAAGGAGGGCACAUAGGAUGGGGCAGCGGCAGAGGAGGCAAGGGGGGUUGCGAAGAGCGGCAGCAUGCAGAGAAGGCGCAGCAAGCACAGCUGUACCAGCAGUUUGACAGGUACAUGCCGUAUGGUGUGCAGCAAAGGCAGCAGCAGCAGCGGCAGCAGGUAUCCCUUCCCCGGAUGUCACCUUCCAGCCAUGCGCUGUCAGAGUCCUGGCCAGCAGCGGGGAGGAAUGGGGUGAAUCCCCCCUACCCAGACAUCAUGAGAUGA